CGUUUGGAACGCUGUGCAGGACAAGGGGAGAAAUAAUAAUAAAUAAAUACGGAACAGUCUUUUGUGUCCGUAGCAUUUAACAAAAAACGUCGUUAUGCUCCUGUUCGACUCCAACACAUCCAUGUCCUUCAUUGAUGUUUAAUCUUUUUGUGCUGAGUGGAUACUUAUCUCGGACACGGAGAUAAAACGUAGGACAAAGAUAAAUCAGAAAGUAUUUGCUAAUCCAUCUUCUAUGAGGAAAUAAAGACAAAGAAGAUGAAGUGACCUCUGUCAUCAUGGACAGCAGUGAUGGAUUUUAAUUUUCUCGCCCUGUAAACUUUAAAGGCAGCAGAAUAUGAUGGAUCUCAGUACAAUAUGGCAGUGGCGUAUCGUGUUCGGAAAGAAUUAUUCAAGACGUCCAGAGCCCUUUAUGUACUGUCAAAAAACUGGAUUAGAUUUUAACGUUGGCUCCAAUAAUCACAAAAAACUGGGUUUACAGCACGUCACCAAUGGUGUUGUACUUGAAAUCUUUGACUUUGCUAAGUCUGUGAGCAAGCUUCUUAGCAAGCCUCGUAUCAUUUUGCAAAUUCUGGAGAACAAUUUUGAUGUCAGUUUUGAAAAUGAGGAACAGCGAAGUGUCUUUUCAUCUAAGCUUGGAGCAAAAAUCAGUGAUCUAAAGAAACGGCCUACUCGAUACAGCAAGAAACCUUUCAAUUUUGGCUUUUUUUUCUCAGAAUGUAAAAAUUGCAAGGUUAACUUGAACAUGGCAUCUUCAGAACUGACCGAAGGCAUCUCAGUGAAGAUGGAAGAACCCAAUACUGAUGAUGGUGAAGAUGAAAAAUUUGAAUUUGAAUGUUCACAAGUGUCGUGUGACGAAUAUAUAAAGAUUGAAAAUGUGUCAGAAGAGAUGGAUGGAACACACGCCGAUGUGAGUGAACAUGGGGAUCAGUUUGCGUGUUCUGGAGAACCAUCAGCGGAAGAACUGAAAGAGGGUCUCCCACUUUCGUUCCCUUUAUGCAACGAAAUUGGUGUGAAGUUUGGCGUUGAGUCAAAGCAAAGUCUUGAUCCUGGCUUGGUGACGCAGGGUGUACUGUUAGAACUAGCCCGUUUCUCGAGAUUAGUGAUGGGAUCCUACCUGCAUAUUGUGAUUGACAUGUUGGAGCACAAUUUUGAGGUUGACCUCAGAAAUCUACACAGCCAAUUAUUAAGCAAGAUAAAAAGGCUUGAUAAAAGGCAUAAAAAACUUUUGAACAAAAAGGAAACAAAAGAAAAAAGCCACUUUCAUGAUCAGCUCUUUUCCUUCGCGAUGAAAAAGAGACCCCCAGCGCCGAGUACUUUGAGGAACAGCACCUCACAGUAUCAGUUUAAAGAAGUCACACAAAGACGGCAGUCGGAGAUGAAACGAAAACUGGAGGAGCAAGAAGAGACGGCUCUUGUAUCGACCAGUGAACAGGUGACCAAAAAGCGCAGAAAAAGACCGCUUGGAUGCAAGAAGGCAAACACAAAUGUUCACAAAACCUUUGUGUGUACUCUUCCAGUUGAAAUGGCUGGCGAUUAUUACACACGUCCUCUCGGAGAGUCUGAUGCAGACUCUGAUGAGCAGGACGUCCUGUGAGCCUGGUUUGAGAGAAUUAGUAUCCCGAUGUAUGCGUGUCCGAACUCCCAACAGAGCAGGUUUUUGUUUUGUUUUUUUUCCUGUAAACCCAAAAGUGUGCUACUUGAAAGUUGCUCUUCCGAAGAACAAGCACUGCAAACUGACUCAGUGAAAUGACUAAAAUAUUUGCCAAAACUGACACACUAAAAGUUGUCUGCUAAUGAUGUGCAUCGAAGCCUGACGAUGCUGGAUGGUUAUAGUUUGUUCUCAGUGUCAACCCUUGGGUGAUUUUUCGCCUACUUUGCUUGGUCCAGCUCUUUGGGAUUCUCAGUUUUACCUGAACAAAAGUAGCAGGUGUGGAACUUGCCUACAACCCAAAUAAAGCAAUCAAGCAAUGUCAAGCAUAGGGUGUUGGAGCCUACGUGUCAGGUUGUAUGUAUUCUAACCUGACCAAAUCUGAUCGAAUGCCUCCUGCUGGUGAGCGGCAGCAGGUCCACUUUGGUGUUAGUGGUGGUCUGAUCAUUCUCCAUGAGGACAUCCAGCUAUUUCUACUCUGACUCCAACUCCAACUGAAACCAAAUCAAACUGAAAUGUGCAGCUACCUGGAUACAAUUCUGACGUUCAGUGUGAUUCAUCGCUUGAAGAUUGCAAGACUGAAGAGAGCCAUUGAUUUCAACAUGAAGACAAGUUCCUCUGCAUUUACCAACCGGUGGACCAGUAGGAUUAAUUUCAUGCAAAACAUUUCCAAUCAUCGACGAAUGAAACACUGAUGGUAAUCCCAAAUCAAAGAAGAGCACUCUCGAGUAAGCGAAUGUGCCAUUUAAUUCAUGUCUGAAUGUAGACGUGUCUGAUGAACGUCAUUGAGUUCAGCAAACAGAACAUUAGGUACU